UAUCGCCAUUCUAAGAUGAAGCGUUUCGCGUGUUGUAGUGUAGUUCAUAUGUAGCGAGAUGGAGGAAUCUACGGUUAACUGUACGGUUUGGACCUGUGCACGUUCGGAUUUUAAUUAGCUUUCUGUUGGUUAACAGGGAGCACUUGUCGCAACAGUCGUCGUUCAACAUUCUGAAAAGAAAGUUGCUUGCGCUUGUGAUUAUGGCGUCAUUAAAAAAAAGUUUGAAAAAGCUUAAAAAACAAUUAUCAAAAAGAUACUUUCCCUUUCGCAAGUUACCAGCUCUAAAGCUGCUAUUCAAAUUCACAAAGAAUUUGUCGGUGGAAAAUAUUCAGUUAAGUGCGUUGAAAGGUCGAUGCGAACUACAAAAUCUCGAACUGAACGAGGAUCUCCUUAUGGAACUUCUCGAAUUACCCUGUUGGCUGUCUCUGACACGUGCUUUCUGUAAUUCAGCUAUUCUGAAAGUGCCAUGGACAAAGUUAAAAUCGGAGCCCAUAGUAAUUACAUUAGAUUGUGUAGAGAUUCAGGUUGAGACGUGCGAACAAUUACGUAACGUGGUAGCUUCUACAAGGCCUUCGUAUACAUCUGGGCGAUACGGGUUUGCUGAACAGACACUAGAUUCAAUUACAGUUGUUGUCAAUUCGGUGAAUAUUCAUCUUAGAAGUCCAGCUUUCGAGGCGACGUUAGAUCUCCAAAGGCUGAUAGUUGACUCGCGAACGCCAAAUUGGCAGAAGGCUGAUUUACGUCAUUGCCGACUUAAAAAUCGCGAAAGCAAUGAGUUGCUCCUUUUCAAGCAGAUCGAAUGGCAGACGUUGAGGAUCGAAGCCAAGGUCUCAUCAGCACCAGCUACUCCAAUUGUCCCGUUGUCGCCACUUCGACUAUUAACUUCUUCGGCCAGAUGUCGACUUACUCUGAAAAAGCGUCUAGCCGACUGCUCAUUAGUUACGUCACGACUGUUUGUUGUCUUCAAUCAGUUGCUCUGGGUACUGACAGACGCCCAGCUUGUGGCUGCAUUACAUUUCGGACAUUCGCUUGCGGAUUUAAUCGAGAAAGCCACAGACCUCUCACACAAGUUGCAAGCGGGCAAACACCUCUCAUUACCUAUUGACCAGUCACUGAGCGGUAAGGGCCUGUCAAGGAAGGAAACACCGCUGACGGCCGUUUGGCGAGUGUAUGAUAUUGCGGAGACGUCGUAUCACGUCUUCUGUACCGCCAUCGACCUGCACUUAGUUGAUGAAACGGCCACAGGCUCUGCGUACAGGUCAGGGCUACCUGAGCUUGAGAAAGGUGGCUGCCUACAGGUGACUUUGAAAAACCUGCAAAUCGACCACUAUCCAUUCCAUCGAGCUUGCGUAGGCCGCGAUCAUUGGGUAAGGUACCAAGAACCUAAUGGCGAUCGUGUUCCUUGGGUUGAGGAGAUGCAGAACACCUAUGCAAAAAAGCAUAACCUAAUGUGUGCAGAAGGAGAAUACCGGGUGCCUCUACAUUUGAUGUGUUCAACGACACUUCUUUUAGUCGAUAAAUUCACCGUUUACAAAGUGGCCACUUCAUCGCGGGCUGAGAGACAGCCGUUUCUUAGCAACUACAACAUCGCUUCCGAGAAGGCCAUCUUCAUCGAUUUCACAUCAUAUUAUUAUCCCGGAAGUUCAUCAGAUUUAGAGCCACCGUUAUCGUACUGCUACGUCAACGUGGGUCCGAAUUUAGUUCGUUUCGACGUUCCGACGUUACUGUGGAGCAUAGCUUUCAUCCGCUCUCUUCUCCGAGAGAAUCUUUUUUGCUUCACUAACGAAGUAUCUACAACCAACUGCCGGUUUGAAGUCUACUUAACGAAGGUGAUGUUGGACGAGGUCGUUGCGCAGUGCAGUAGGAUCGUGUGCAGCAAUUCUCGAGAAGGCAUCUCAUCUUCGAGGGCAGAGCUCAAGCAAGCGCUGGACGCUUUCUCUCGGGGGCCCCUCUUCUUUGAAACGAACAAAUACCCAUGGUCAGAUGGAGACCUUCCCUUACCACCUGGAACCCCAGCAAUCUGUCCGGAAUUUGUCAAUCACUGUAUCUCUGACGAAACUUCGGUUGCUGAAGUAUGGUCUUGUUGUCUCGAUCCCAUUUGGGUGGAUUUCGUUGAAAAAGGACGCCGACCAGAGGCAAUACUGGAUCCUCUUCCUCUAACAUUGUGGUAUUGCCAGAAGCAGAUUCUGGCUCAUGUACGCGGUCUUGUCAACAUCCAAGUAUGCCAUGAACAUUUCCUCAGGCUGCUAGAGAAAACAAGGAUAUUAAGGCUGCUCAUCAACCAGCUGAAACAAGAUAUCCGUAAAAGCUCUACCGCCCCAGUAUCCACAUUGAAGUCAAUGAUUGCUGCGAUGCUUUCUCUCGUUCAUGUAUCAUUAGUCCUCAAGGCGAAUGCUGGUUUCAGUAUGCCACCCGCCAGACAUGAACACUUCAACUCGGAUGAUUCUGCACGUUCCGAAAGUCCACCAACAAUCAGUUCUUCCGAAUCCUUUGCAGCUCCUGGUGCUACUGCAGGGGCAGACGAGGCGAUACAGGGACAACCCGUGCCUCAGCCGCCAGGCCCAUUAGGGCCUUCAGAUCCUCGGAUUAGCGGACUGCAAAGCGUCUCGUGCGCUGACAGCCUUUCAGUGUCGAUGUCGCUGGGAGGCGAAGAAGCCGCAUUAGACGCCGUGUCCGUCAGAUCCGACGAGAGUGAUUCACUACUCGCUGAACGACUUGCCGGCAUGUUGGAGUCGGCGGAUAAUGGUCGCACGGGCACAGCUGGUGGCGGCUGUGGGGAAGAGCUGCUAGUCGAUGUUGAGCUGGCCGAAGAGACAGCGGAAGAAGCUACUGAAGUUCGAGAUGACGAUUUUGACGCUCUCUUCGAUGAAGAGCAGCUAUUAAAUGCAGCCUCGGACCGCUCACAAACGGUAGCGGUCGUCGUCCUUAAAGUUCGUGAUAUUCAGCUCGCUUUAGCCAAUAAGGCCUUUCUUUACCAAAUGCACUCUAUCGAAUUUGAAGAGAAUGCUUCUAUGGACAGGGAGGUAUACCACGCAGAGUUCAGCGCUCGAACUCGAACAAUGGCUCAGCAGAACGGUCUAAAUAAACAACUCGCUGCGACGUGUUUGGCCAGUGGACGUCUGGAUGUCGAAGAUCCCCAGCGAAUUCAGCUGCUGAUCCAGGGGCUUGAGUUGAAGCUGAGCUCUGGAUCGAUAGCCGGACUCGCAGACAUGUUUCAAGGUAGCGUUCAGGCAGCCGCCAAGAGUGCAACCGUUCAGGCUAACCAUAAUGGCAGCGCAGGCGUUCAUCAUACUAAUGGCCGUUCUGUAGAUGGACAUACAGACAUUUUACAGCUGUCAGCCAGAGUACUUCUUUACGAUAUUAAGGUUCGUGCCUCGCCAAGACAGCUGUUGGUGAUUCCACACUGUCUCAUAGAAAAACCCGCCACUGGCCAUGUAGGGGAGUCCCCACUUUUCGUGCUACCCGUGGCUUUUAGUUCGUUGGACGAAAGCGUCGAAAACCUUCUGCGAAAUAAUGGCAACAUAGAUAAACUUCUGGCAUCAUCAGCCGGGUUUGCAUGUCCAAUGGCCGCUGCUGCUAUAGGUCCAACGGAGAAUGACGCCUUUGGCGCCGGAUCCGACUCUAAGCUCAUCGGGGAACAUCCAGAUAUCUGCAAUACAAAUGUGACAAAUAGUUCUUGUAACAACUAUUAUUCAACCGGAGUAAUCAACUUCAGUGGUAACAGCAGUGACGGGGGUGCCUGUGGAGUAGGACCGGCGAUGGGUGGUGGCGUUACGGGUCACGUCCUGCUGCCGCACCAUCAUCAUCAGCAGCAACAGCUGGCAACACGCUUGCAGAUGCUGGAAAAUGAUAACAAUUCGCUUAAGUCGCAAAGUAAACUGCAAAAGAAAGAAUGCGAAAGAUUGACGGCUGACAACGCGAAGCUCCGCGCAGAAAUCGAUCGAUUACACCGUGAGUUGACGCUUCACGUGAAGCGUCAAACCGCAUCGUCACUCCUGCCAUCCCAGCCGCUUGAGACGCCAGCGCAACACCGACAGCAGUAGGAACAGGCUAGAAAAAGGGACUUCCGUAGCUUCUUUGUGGAGACUAAACGAACCAAGCGUAAAAAUGACACUUCUGCCAAAUGUUUUGCUCGAGCGGCUCGAAAUUGAUGUGUUUUGAAGGAAAAAUAGACACGUAAGUAUAAGCAUCAUUUCCUAUCACGUACUGGCAAGCAUAUUGAUAUACCGUUAUUAUCUAAUAACUCUUUAUCAAAAUUGAUUUUUCUAAUAACAAUUGUGUCUGUUUCCCACCUAUAAACGUCAACUUUCGCUCAUUAGCUUCCUCUGUGUUAACAAUAGCCUAACAGCAAUGGCUUUUUACCAGCUGCUAUUUGAUAAAAUAUCUUAGAACGUUGCUUGGCGAACGUUGGAACUUAUUCGAAUCGGGCAAUAUAACGAUAUUUGUUAGCCAGCAAGCAGAAAUAGUGAAGUUCCUAUAUAUAGUUCGUAUCAUCGCUAAAAUGACGGCCAGGUAGCAAACUUUGUAAGAUUUUCGAAAUUUACUUUUACGAAGCGCAAUAACAAAGGUACAUCAAAUAUAAUUACACAUAGACAUUAUGAACGUUUCAUUUGUUAGCUAAAACUAUCUCCAAAGGAAAGACGGAAGAGUCGACUCUGAUCAUUUUCAACCUUCAUAAAACAACUUCAUAAACUAAUUUAUAUAAGUAGUUCGUGCGAAAAUUAAAAUUAAGGUCUUCUUUACCUCUGUGUGUCCUGAAAGUAACGGCUAUAAAAUAUACUCAAUAUAUAUUUACGCUAUCAGUGCGUUUAUCCUAUGAGCCACCGUUUGCAGUAUAAUAGGAUGAAGUACAAGGAUAGGUUAAUAGGAUGAAGUAUCGAUGUAUUAUUAUAGCUUCGUUCUGCCUGUCACAUUCUGAUAGCAGCUGCUGACGGGAACAAACGAAAUACUGAACACAGAGAUUAUCAGCGUACUUGAAAGCACGCAUAAAAAUUACACGGAAAAUCUAGCAGUUACGGUGAUAGCACGUACGCCACACCCACUUACCUCUUUAUUCAUAUUCAAAGUCUGCGGCCCUAAAUCUACGUCAAUCGGCGUGUCUCACAUGUAUUCUUUCCGUGGGAUUCGGAAAACCUUACGAAACUAGGCUCUCAUUUAACCAGAUAUCAGUGAAACCGAUCCCUUAAAGCUAGUUAUAUAAAGCUUUGAAUAGCUUUAAAACAUUUGCUCAUCGGCCUUUUUAGGGAGCGAAUUAGAGACUAACCAGGAAUGGCUGUCUUGAGUUUAAUUUCGGAUAAUGUCCAAGGAACUAUGGCAGUAGCAACUAUUGUAUCACGAAUCCUUCCCUAUUAAGGGAAUACGAGCAGACGAAUUCAAUCAGGGUCCUAGAUUCAUCAUUAACAUACUGCCGGGUCACAUGGCUUACGCAGCCGCCUUUGUUGCCCUAACAGGAACAAUAUAUAGAGAAAUUCAGCAAAACCAUUAACACGUUCUUUGGAUAAUCAUAGCUGUUCGUGAUGAUUUGUAUUGCUAAUACAACUACCGUUUGUGUAACAUGUCGACAAAGACCGACCUUGUUUUAUUCCUGAUAUUGCAGAUGUUGUCAAUUCAGACCCAGAACCUGCUUUUCGCUAAGUACUGUUCCAUCCGUACGUUCAAAUUAGGCAUAGAGCGGGCACCGCUCACCAGUUGUCGACCAAAUCGUCGUUUGAUAUUUAGCCCUUUGAUGUAUUCACCUGCUUGUGUUUGCUUGUCUAAGCAGUCUAAUUAUAUAUAAAGCUUGCUUCUGCGUACGUUACUGUUACAGCUAUAGGUAUAUUAUUAUGAACUUGUCCAUAUCUGGUAUGGCCUGCCGCUGUUGACUUUGUUG